UGUUGACGUUUUUACUGUAAAAAUGGCUGACGAUGUCGAGGAAUCUGAAGUUUUUGAGAUAACAGAUUUUACAACAGCAUCAGAUUGGGAAAGAUUUAUUGCACGGCUGGAACAGAUCAUUCAUGACUGGAAACUCACAACAUAUGUCAGAGGACCACCUCUUAAAAAGGGUGAAGUUUCCUCUGGAGAAUGGGAGGAGACAACAGAAUCCAUCAACUUUGCCACUGUGCAUUUUGCUGUCACUCUACAUCAACUCAAACAGGAACCUGCUACCGAACAAACUUCACAACCAGAGGAACAUGAAGAUGUCCUACCUCAGGCUAUGGAAGAUAUGCUACAGAUGGAGAAUGACUUUCCUCCACGAGCUCAUUGCAUCUCAAGAUGGUAUGGGUUGCGCCAUUUUGUAGUGUUGAGCCCAGUGGAUAACUGCGAUGCUGUCCUCUCAGAAAGUAAGAUUAAUAUGUUGCUAAGCUCCAUGGCUAUUGCUGUCAACAACACCAAUUGCCUUCUGCCCAUCUUUGCUCAGAUUCAACAGAAGUGGCGUCGGAUGUACACGGGUAUCUGCGAGGCUCCAGGCAUCCGUACGACCUUUGAUAUGGUCCACCUCAAGAGGAUUCCACAUCAGUUUGGACACAUGGAAGGACUCAUCAAUAUCUUCAAGUCCAAAAUUGCCAGCCCGGUCUCACCCUUUACGCCCGUCAAGGCGUCGAUAAGGUUCACCUAUAUCCUUCAAGACUGGACCCAGUAUGCGUGGUCUCUUCAACCCCCUGACUUGGAUGCACCCCUGGGGGAAGACGUGGGAUAUCCCGGUUUCAAGGCCCUCCCCUUCGGAGCAGUGGAAGAUCCCAUUAAUGAGUUACAUCUGUCAGCAACGUGGCCAUCCCAUGCAGAGAACACCAUUGUGGACAAUGAUGUAUACUCAGAUUUGGAUCCGUCCCAAGCACCUCAGUGGUCCGUCCGACUCCGCUUGACUGAAAAACCACAGUGUCUGCUCAAAGAGUACUUGAGUAUGUUUGGAGAGCUUGUACAUAACAAAGAUACAACGGACCAAUUACUGGGAAAACCUGCAUUUCAAGACAACGAUGAUGAAACCUCCGAGCAGAUCAGCCAUGCCCUUCAGCGACUAACAGACCCAGGGAGAGUCCACCUUCCUAUCCUGUCAUCCGUAGUCAGCAGGGCCAGGACAAGGAUACGCUCUCGUCAACGCCAAGUCGAAGCUCCUAUACCAGUGGACACCCUCAACGAACUGCUAAUACAUUUGUUUCCUGACGCAGCCAAUCAGGACGAUGUGAGUGAGGAAGGGGAUGAGACGGAGAAAGAUGACCAGACGGAACCCAUGAAUAUCCAGCCGGAGGUGAAGGAGUGGUAUCGUCAUUUCAAGUCUGGUCCCGAGGACAGUAUCACCUACAAGCUUGCCAUUGCAAUGUGUGUAGUCAACCACAGUCACGGCGGGUUGAAAGCCGUCGCUCAUCUGUGGCAGGAGUUUGUGCUGGAAAUGAGAUACCGUUGGGAGAAUAAGUACUUAAUACCAGGACUUGCCUCUGGAAAUCCGAAUAUGGGAUGUUGUCUACUUCAUCAGAAGCUGCAGAUGUUAAACUGCUGCAUUGCCCGUAAGAAAGCACGCGAGGAUCGCCAGAGCAAGCCACAAGCUUCCCCCGACUCUUCCUCAUUCAGCGCACCAACGCCAGACCAAACUCCCUUCUCAUGGAACUCGUCCGAGGCAGCCAGUCCGGACAACGGUUUCAUCACGCCCUCUGCCUCCUCGAGUCAACUCACACGAGACGAACUCAGUCCUGUUGGUGACAACCCCAGUCCUGUCGGUGAUGACCCAGUUGUUACCAAGGAUUCAACAGACGGCUGGGAGGUCACCAUCAACAGUGACAGCGAAGAGGAGUUCUUUGAAGCGGCCAACGACUCAUACUCAGAGAGUCCAAGCAAGAGUGCAUCUGCUUUAGAAUCGAGUGAGAUGGAGGUUGAAGUCAGGGAGGAGUCUGAUGAAGUUGACGCUAAGGAAGACGCAACCAGGACGGAGAAAGAUGGCAGUAGCUCGAUGGUUAAGAGUGACUCGCUGACCAUAAAGAAGAAGCCUGUGGGGAGACUACGGCAGUGUGGGGAUUUGAAACUGUUGAAUCGGGAUGAGCCGUUGUAUAUUCCAGUCACACAGGAUCCUGCUCCAAUGACUGAAGACAUGCUUGAGGAGCAUGCUGAGGUCCUGGCUCAACUAGGCACCACCUCAGAAGGAGCUGAGCUCAGAGCCAAGAUGCAGAGUGCAUGUCUUCUGUCUGACAUGCAGGCUUUUAAAGCAGCGAAUCCGGGAUGUGAACUUGAAGACUUUGUGAGAUGGUACUCCCCGAGGGACUGGGUUGAAGAUGAGGAGGAGGAGGAGGAGGAGGAGAAAGAGGAGGAUGCUACAGAGCAGGAUGAGAUGGAGGAGGAAGGCUGUAGGAGGAGAAUCAAAGGAUGUCUCAGUCAGAGAAUGUUGCUCCCUGGUAACACAUGGCAGGAGGUAUGGUUCCAAUCCAAGCCGAUCUCCGCCUAUCUCCAGAAACGUCUUUUUGACGACACCAAAGAAGCGGAGAAGGUCCUUCACUUCUUGGCGUCUCUUAAACCUGGAGAGAUGGUUCUGCACAUCUUGCCUCUCAUUAUCCAUGCUGCGCUAAGACGUCUUGAGAAAGCUGAUGUGGAAAAGAUUCCCUCCUUGAAUCCACAUUUUCCGACUCUAGUCAGCAAAGCUUCCAGAAUCACAAGAGCACCAAAUCAAGAGAUAAGAAAGUAUGAGGAGAUAUUAAAACAACUCUCUCUAUUCGAGGAAGUCGUCGCUCAGUUUCUCUCUCUCCAAGCAAAGUUCCUGCCCCAGAAGUCAGAGACAGAAACAGUAAGCCACACUGACAUACUCCAACAGUUUGUCUGUGACCUGAUGGACAAGCCGGAGGUGCCUGUGGUCGGAGCAGGGAGGGGGGUUGUUGGAGAGACAAUUCAACGGCUCUUUGGGGCUGCUCAGAGGUCCGCCCACAUGCUUCCUGAAGUAGAGGCAGACAUGGAGGCCGUACCCAGCAAUGUCAAAUACUCCAAUACUCACAGCUCAGUGCCAAACUUUCCCCGCCCCGCCGGCAGGGAGUUCAUUUUCCGCACCAUGGCGCCACGCCCCGCCCCGUACUCACAAGCCACACCCCAGAGGAUGUACUGUGUUCUUGUCGAAGAUGAGUUUCGAUUGGCCGGAGCGUUCUCACAAGAUACAACCUUCCAGUAAGAAGGUUGGUUGUAGCGUGCCACGCCCUCUCCAACCACACCCAACAGGAUGCACUGUGUUCUUGUCGAUGAUAAGUUUUGAUUGGCAGGAGCAUUGUCACAAGACACAAUCUUCCAGUAGGAAGUUCAUUGUCUGUGGCCUGCCACGCCCCUCUUCAAACCACACCCACUAGGAUGCACCGUGUUCUUGUCGACGAUGAGUUUCGAUUGGUUGCAGCAUUCUCACAAGAUACAACCUUCCAUUAAAUUUGCAGUUUUGAGUUUCAAAGCCAUAAAGUUCUUUUGUACAGUGCUUGAACACAUCUUUCUCCAUGAUGCAAAAUUAACAUAUAUUAAAUAGUUGUGGUAACUGUUGCGGAAACAUAUGACUUGAUCAGUGGCUUACUCUGUGGUCUAGUGGUAAGACAUCUGCUCUUGCAAUGCAAAGGUCGUGGGUUUGUAUCCCAUCUGAGUGAAUUACCUGUGGGUUUUUUUCCACCGAAUUCAGAAGAGCAAAGAGUAUCUAGUGCUUUAACACAUCGUCUUAACCCCUUGAAGACGGAAGGCGGCUAUGCCCGCUAAUCUGGGUCCGGAAUGCUGUGGACUGUGUAUGUAGUAGUAAGCCGUGGAAUGAAGUCUGUGGCCGGUACAGCUGUGGGCAGACAAAGGCUGCUAUGCAGUCAUGCGUGUAAGCCGGGCAUUGAGGCCUGAUAAUACCGGCGUUAAGGAGUUAAGGGUCAAACCAAAUAAUAUAAUUUAACUCUCUUAACUGACAGACAAAUUAGCAGUGAAAUGUGUGUGGCAAUUAUUGGGGAAAAACUGUGUAGUUUUAAAAAACCAAGACUUAUACUUGUAUAUGUUUCAAACUUUGCUGCAUCGAGCUCAAAGUGCAGAUAUUUAUUAAUUAUGCAGAGGGAAAUGUAAUGGAGAUUUGUGCUUGUAUCUAAACAAUUUAUUGUGAAUAAACAAAUAUAAUAUGUGGAA